GGGCUGGGCUCGAGCUCAGAACUGUUUGGAUUUAACAGUCCGUGGACGGCCAGAGUCUGAGAGUCCGGUGACCGGGCUGUGGUCUAGUAUAAAGGCGGGUCCCAGAAGAAGGGGCGGGGCGUGGGAGAAGCCUCCCGGCCCGGCCCGCAAUGUGGCACCUGCUAGCCCUGUUGCUGCUGUUCCCCUCUGCCUCGGUGCCCCCCUCCACUGCAGCCCCGAUCCGCGAUGGUGACGCCCAGGAGAGCUCCUCGGCUUUUCUAGGUCUCCAGAGUCUACUCCAAGCCUUCACCCGGCUUUUCCUGAAACCCCAGGAUGACCUGCUGCGGGGCAUGGACAGCUUCUUCUCUGCUCCUAUGGACUUCCGGGGCCUCCCUAGGAACUACCACCAAGAAGAGAACCAGAAGCACAGGCUGGGAAACAAAACUCUCUCCAGCCACCUCCAGAUUGACAAGGUGACCAACAACAAGACAGGAGAGGUGCUGAUCUCUGAGAAGGUGGUGGCAUCCAUUGAGCCAGGAGAGGGGAGCUUGCAGGGUGACUGGAAGGUACCCAAGAUAGAGGAGAAGGAGGCCCUGGUGCCUGUCCCAAAGGCCAUGGACAGCUUCCACCCGGAACCCCACCCCCGAAUGGCCUUCUGGAUCAUGAAGCUGCCACGGCGGAGGUCCCACCAGGAUGCCCAGGAGAGCGGCCACUGGCUCAGUGAGAAGCGACACCGCCUGCAGGCCAUCCGGGAUGGGCUCCGAGAGGGGACCCGCGAGGACGUCCUCGAAGAGGGGACCCAGAGCUCCUCUCAUGCCAGGCUGCCUGCCCGCAAGACCCACUUCCUGUAUAUCCUCAGGCACUCCCAGCAGUAAUAGGGGUGGGGACCAGGGAACACCUGCAUGUACCCCCCCACCAGACCCCGUCCCAGGCACCAUAUGGAAAUUAAACUUUUUCUUACA